AUGUUGUCUGUGGCUUUAGCUUACCGAGUCGGUGAAUCUACAGCUCAUAUAAUUGUUAAAGAAACAUGCACGGUUCUAGCAAAUAUUCUUAUGCCAAUCUAUAUNAAACCUCCCACAAAAGUCAAAUGGGAAAAGAUCUGUGCAGACUUUUUAACAUUGUGGAAUUUGCCAAAUUGUGUUGGAGCGAUCGACGGCAAGCACAUAAGGAUUCAAGCACCUCCAAACUCAGGAUCUAUGUACUUUAAUUAUAAGAAGACAUUUAGGGUUGUAUUGAUGGCUGUUUGUGAUGCCAGAUAUAGAUUUACAUUGUUCGAAGUAGAUGCGUACGGCAGCGAUAGCGAUGGAGGAAUUCUUUCGAGAUCAGUUUUGGNAAANNCAUUGUAUGAAGAUANACUGAACUUGCCAAAAGGGACAGCUCGGUUCCCAGGAAGUGAUAAGGAAACAUCUUGCUAUUUUGUUGUNGACGGAGCCUUCCAAAUGUCUACUAACGUAAUGCGACCUUAUCCAGGCAGAUUUUUAGAUGAACAAAAACGAGUUUUCAACUAUCGACUAUCACGGGCCAGAAGAACAAUAGAAAAUACUUUUAGAAUCCUUUCAGCUAGAUGGAGGAUAUUUCAAAGAUCAAUUCAUGCCGGUCAGAGGUCGUUGAUAAAUUUGUGA